AUUCCAGUCUGAGAGAAGUGCGUAUGCUGGGCCUGUCCCUUGAGAGGGGUGCCCAAGAAAAGACCGAGGGUCAAAGCUACAGCUAACCCUGGAGCUGCGACAGCAGGUCUUGGAAAUUUCCAUAUCACAACAUCCAAUUUUCAUUCUCCUUUUCCUUCUGAUUAUGGUGAAUAUAAAGCUCAAAUUCUGCAGUGUUACUCAUUGUGACUUUGAAACUGUGGCAAAUCUCCCGAGUGGUGUUAAGAUUGAUGGCCUGAAGAAGCAUGGCGUACUUUUGGAAAAUGCCUUUGACGCAAGAUGAGUUACAAGAAGGACAAUCUGAGGACCAAGCGUCUUACUCUAUGUAUCAUUUUAAUCCUGAUAGCCAGGUCAGUCUAGGACUUGACCAAAUAGUUGGUGAAGGCAGCAGUGAAAUACCCUUUUAUGGUCCAGCAUAUUCACACGACCCCAAAGAAAAUGAGUUUUUCUUGGAUGCAGCAGAAGAACAUUUAUACAGAAUAAAUCCACCUCAAAUUCCUCAUAGGGAUCUUUACUUUGGAAGCCCCACCUCUCACUGGCAGCAAGUCAGGGUGCCACCAACAAUUGGCUUCAGACCUUCUUUGCUAUCCGGAUGUAGUGACCUCUCUGAGAAUUCCUACCCUACAUACCCCAUUGGAACACUUUAUGACUAUGGUCCAUAUGGAAGAAAUAACUUGAGUCCAACUGCGGAUGAAUUUGGGUCAGAUGUGGAGAAAGAGAAUAAAAAUCUGAAUGUCUGUAUAGGCUUUGAACAUAUAGACUAUCAAUAUCCCGUUUUCUCAGACAACAAUGCAAGCGGACAAGGAAUGCAAGAUAAAAGGAGAAAUGACAGUAAAUCUUUCCUUGUGAGCACUGGGGAAACAUACUUAACAAACCCUCCUAGAGAAUUGACCACAGGACCUGUCUGGCCCAGCAUCUCUGCAAACAGCUCUGCAGACAGCACAGAGCUUGCAGGUUGGUCUAUCCAGCUGGUUGAAGCAGAUCAAGGGAGUAAUGAAAGUAUUGCCUCCUUUUGCAAUGGAGUGCAGAAAAUCAGAGAUGCAUAUCCUGCUUUUGAUUUGACGACAAAUACUGGGAAGAUUUGGAGUGUCACAACAACAUUAUCAGAUGAGAUCCUUUGUAAAUCAAAAUUCAAAGUUAGCAUUUUGACAAACUGUUCAUCUCCUCCACUGCAUCUUACACCAUGUGCUAGCUGUAUUGUCCGUAACUUCGUUGUAGAGAUUCUCCAUUGCACAAAUCAAUAUCCAGCCCAAGAAGAGUGUUUUCUAAGUGUUUAUGGGUCUGAUGAAUUUUUGCAGAAUGAUUAUGCUUUGGGCAGUCAUGAGAGUCUUCGCAAGGCAACCACCUCCAUUCAACUUCGUCUACAGAAAGGCACCAGCUAUCAGCAAAGUUUGGCUAGAACGCUUGAAGAUGACCAAAGUCAGUUUAAUGUGAACCAGCUGCUACAAUAUACAUAUAUUUGGAAGGUGUCCAGGAAGAACCUUGUUACAUUUAUUAUGAAAUAUGGAGGUCAAGUGGAAUAUCUAUUGCAAAAUGAGCAUAAAGUGGAUAAAGUGAUUGAAGAAGCUAAAGCAAUCUGCAGCGUUCUCUGUUCUGUGGAAACCAGGGCUAUUACUGAUGCAGUCAAGAAACUCCAUUCAGUGCCACUGGGGAAAACACAGAAUUCACUUCAAAACGUAGAAACUCCAGUCAAAGUCUUGAUAGAGAAUGCUGUGACAGAGCUGUCUGCAGCCAUCUCCCAUCUCAUCCAUGUUUUCAGCAGCAGCUUUCACACAGAUUUUCAGCCUGCAAAAAUACUUAGAAGCCCUUCAUGUGCAGAUGUCGACCUAGAUCCCCACUUUAGCUUCACUGUUUAUGCAGCCCACAACAUCCCAACAGCCUGGCUGAAAAGCUACAAACUCUUCUCUUUUUCCUGUUCUUUAACUUAUGCUGGGAAGAAAAUAUGUCAAGUGAAGAACUGCAAAAAUAUACCAGUUAAAAAGUCUUUUUUUUUCCUGGCAAACUGGAAUGAGAAAAUCAACUUUCCUCUACAAAUAAAAUCUCUUCCUAAUGAAACAAUAUUGAUAAUAAAACUAUUUGGCGUAAACUGUGUGUCUAAAAAUACGGAAAUACUGGCUUGGACAUGUUUCCCCUUGUAUCAAAAACAAAAGUUCAUUCAUGGAACCGUGCUGCUUAGUAUGGCAUUGUACAGUGAGCCUCCAACAACCAUGAUAGCUCCAGGCAUUUGUGACACUAGUCUGCCAGCGCUAGUAACACUGCAGGUUGACUUUCCAGAAACUAAUUUGGAGUUUAUUAAACCUGAGCCUGAAGAGAAAAGAGAUGACCUUGAAGAGCCAGCUAAAGAGUGCUUGAAGCAUGUAGCAAGACUUUCACAGAAACAGUCUCUCUUGCUGUUGUUGGAGCAAGAGAGAAGAUUUUUAUGGUUUUAUCGUUCCUACUGCAAUAAUGAAAACUGUUCCCUUUCUUUGGUACUGGGCAGUGCCCCCAGUUGGGAUCGAAAGAGCAUAUCAGAAAUGUACACGGUGUUGAGGGAAUGGAGCUUUUCUAACCCUUUGGAGGCACUUGGGCUUCUAACUUUCAGUUUUCCAGAUCAAGACAUUCGCAGAACUGCAGUCCAACAAAUGGAAAAUCUGUCAAAUGAUGAAUUGUUAGAAUACCUCCCACAGCUGGUUCAGGUGAUCAAGUUUGAGUGGAGUCUUGAAAGCCCUCUUGUGAAACUUCUGCUAUGCCGCUCUCUGCAGAGCAUCCAAGUAACUCAUCAACUUUACUGGCUGUUAAAGGAUGCACAGAAUGAAGCUCAUUUCAAAAGCUGGUAUCAGAAACUACUAGCUGCUGUCCAAUUCUGCGCAGGAAAAACCUUAAAUGAUGAGUUUUCUAAGGAGAGGAAACUUAUCAAAAUUCUGGGAGAUGUUGCUGAAAAAGUGAAGGCUGCCAGCGACCCCAAAAAACAGGAGGUGCUAAAGAUGGAAAUCAACAAAUUUAAGCAGUUCUUCCAGGAGGUAAAUGUUUGCCGGCUUCCCCUGAAUCCUGCACUUGUUGUACAAGGCAUAGAUGCAGAUGCAUGUUCAUAUUUCACAUCCAAUGCUUUUCCAUUGAAAAUCUCCUUCAUCAAUACAGAGACACUGAGUAGAAACAUCAAUGUUAUUUUUAAGGUGGGAGAUGAUCUACGUCAGGAUAUGCUGGUUCUGCAGAUUAUUCGUGUGAUGGACAGAAUUUGGCUUCAGGAGGGGCUUGAUAUGCAAAUGAUCAUUUAUAAGUGUUUAUCUACAGGAAAAGGCCAAGGACUAGUGCAGAUGGUGUCAGAUGCUACAACUCUAGCCAAGAUCCACAGGGAGUCUGGAUUGAUAGGACCAUUGAAGGAAAACACAAUUAAAAAAUGGUUCAGUCAUCAUCAUCCUGUGGAAUCAAGUUACCAAGAGGCAAUAAAGAAUUUCUUUCAUUCCUGUGCUGGCUGGUGCGUUGUUACCUUCAUUCUGGGAGUCUGUGACCGACACAAUGACAACAUCAUGCUGACAAACACUGGCCACAUGUUCCAUAUAGAUUUUGGAAAGAUUUUAGGUCAUGCACAAAAAUUUGGAAGCAUAAAAAGGGACCGAGCACCUUUUAUCUUCACUUCAGAGAUGGAGUAUUUCAUCACAGAAGGUGGAAAAACCCCGCAGCGCUUCCAAGAGUUUGUGGAACUUUGCUGUCGAGCUUAUAAUAUAGUCAGGAAACACAGCCAAUUGCUCUUGAACCUGCUGGAGAUGAUGCUGCAUGCAGGGUUGCCUGAGCUGAACAGCGUCCAGGAUUUGAAGUAUGUGUAUGAUAACCUUCGUCCACAGGACUCAGACCUCCAAGCCACGAGCCACUUUACCAGGAAAAUAAAGGAAAGUUUAGAGUGCUUCCCUGUCAAACUCAAUAACCUGAUCCAUACGCUCGCACAAAUGUUAGCCACGGGCUUUGCCAAGUCUACAGCUUCACAGAGUGUUCCUCGGGAAUCCAACAUGCUGGAUGCAGAGAGGUCAAUUGCCCGAGCAACCAUUUUAGGGUUCAGCAAAAAGCCUGACUCUCUAUAUUUAGUCCAGGUGGUGCAAACCUGCCAGGUGGUGACCUUUGUGGAAAAAUCAUUCGAACAAUUUUCAAAACUUCACAGCCAUCUACAGAAGCAAUUUCCAUCACAUACCCUCCCAGAGUUUCCGCACUGGUGGCAUUUACCUUUUACAGAUCUUGAACACAAAAGAAUGAAAGACUUAAAUCUCUAUGUGAAGCAGUUAUUGAAUGGAUCCAGCAACCUGUCUAAUAAUGAGCAUGUCCUCAGCUUUUUCCUCGAUGGGUCCAAAACCGACUGGCCGGAAGAAUCUGUACUUGUUAGCCUAGGUCCUAAAUCUACUGAACAGAAACCUGGAGUGCAGUUAGUCAUAUCUUAUGAGAGCACCCACCUGACAAUAUUGUUGAAACAUAUGAGGAAUAUUCAUCUCCCAGAUGGCUCUGCCCCAACUGCACAUGCUGAAUUUUAUCUUUUACCAGAUCCUGAUGAAGUCAGCAGAAGGAAAACGAAAGCAGUUCCAAAAAGCACUGACCCUACUUAUAAUGAAAUUGUAGUAUAUGACGCAGUCACCGAGCUCCAAGGACGUGUGUUACAGCUUAUUGUGAAAAGCAAAGGAACAUUUGUGGGAGCUAUCAACAUUCAACUGAACAGUGUCCCAUUAAAUGAAGAAAAGUGGUACCCACUGGGGAACAGUAUAAUUUGAACAUUGCCUUAGAUCAGUGAAAUAAAUAUUCUUUAAUUAAUAUUUCUUUUUCCCUUUUCUCAUGGGCCAUUUUGGCACAUUAGCCAAAAUAUUUGCCUUUGGGAAUAUAACAUGCAGUAAACCGCUAACCGUAUAUACAUUGAACUACUAAUCACAAGGAAAUUAUCUCUUUUUCAUGAUCCAUUGCCAUUUAGCUAUCUUCAUAGGAUUACUACCUUUACGUGCAACAAGUUCCCAUUAGCCUGGGUGUAAAAAGGCUUGCAGCCUGUAAUUUCAGUUAUCUUGGAUAAAAUUUCUUAUGGCAACAAGCAAGAUUUUUGUUCCUGCUGAUCACUGUUAUUUGUAUACGGCUACAUACAUGUUUUAUGUAUCCCUAAACCUGUGAUGCUGGAGCCUUAUCCAAAGCCCAUUUAAGUCAAUGGUACUUUCCCAAUGACUUUAGUGGACUUUGGAUCAGACCAAUAAUGUGCUUAUUGGGCUGAAUUCACUCUACUUGAUGUCUGUGUAGUUAUAUCAGUUUUAAAUAUGGCCCAAUUAGUAUGAUCGCACAUUCACCUGAGAGAUAGCCAGUUUGUAUUUACACAUUUCACAUUUAAUUCUUGCUCAUUUCACAUUUAAAAUGUAAUUAUAUGUGCAGAAUUUAAAAUCUGAACAUUUAAAAGAAUUUAAAACUGUACUGUACUUUAGUUAUAGUGCAUACCAUAUAUUUUUAAGUUUUUAACUUGCUGAUGUAACAUGUGACUUUGUAACUUUAAGAUCUGGGGCAAGAUGUUUCAUCUCACUGCGUUUAUUCUGGAAAAAUAUUU